AUACAUACAUAAUUCCUUAGCAAAGUAACCAAACACAAUCAUCAGCAUCUUCAAUCUUGAUCAUCAUUUUCUAAUACACAGCCCGAUAUGGCUCUCAACCCUCAAUUGUUCCCCAAUGGAAUGCCGGUUCCUUUCGUCAACGAGAUGUUUGUGCUCGCCAGAGAUGGCGUCGAAUUCGAAAUCGACAAGGUCCCUGGAAAUCAUGGGGGUCAUGUAAAAGCAAAGGGAACAAUUUACUUGUCAAAUAUAAGAAUGGUCUUUGUCGCAAGUAAACCAGUUGGAGAAUUUUUUGCAUUUGAUAUGCCGCUGCUUUUUGUCCACGGAGAAAAGUUUAAUCAACCAAUUUUUUUCUGUAACAACAUUGCUGGUCAAGUGGAGCCUGUGGUUCCGGAAAAUCAACCCGGGGCUCUAUUUUCCACUCACUCAUUCAAGAUUUUGUUCAAGGAAGGGGGCUGUGGUACCUUUAUUCCCCUUUUCUUCAACUUAAUUGCUUCGGUCAGACAAUACAAUCGACAACAGCAGCAGGCUAAUUCAAUGCCGGAGCCACCACGUGCAGAUCCUUUACAAGCAGCACAGACUCCCGUUGAUGAGAUGAUACGACACGCAUAUGUUGACCCUAAUGAUCCAACAAGAAUCUUCCUGCAGCAGCCUAACCCGGAAUCUCAGCUUAGGCGACGCACUUACCAGUCCCGUCCAGCCGAACACUCUAUGUAAUGACAAACACCCUUAAGAUGGUAAAUAAAUUUUUACUUGUGUCAAGAAACGGAUGAAGAAUUUGUCACUAUGAUAUUGCAUAGCAAGAGUGCAUAUAUAUAACACUUGAUAGCUCGUAUCUUGUAUAUUGCGAAAGUGUGUUAUUUAGUUGUUGCUCUGUUUCGUUCGAAUAGAAUGAUAUCAAUUACUUUCUUCUCUAUAUUCAUUCAUUGUUCAAUUUUUGUUUGA